ACACUCGCAAUUCCACAAGGCACAAGAACUCUUGCAACUGCAUUUAACCUGCUACAAAACCACAACAAAGCCCGUGCGUGUUGCUAGUUGCUACCUUGCUAGAGCGAGUAGAUACUGCAAGCGUCUUGUGCGCUUGUCGAUCGUCAUGGCGAAGGCGAAGGCGACGGCGAGGUUCGUGAUGGAGGUGGCGCCGCCGCCGGUGGUGACGGUCAUGCGGCGGAGGAAGGUGGCGAGUAGCCUGGACACCAUCGCGGAGGACGACAGGGAGCAGCUGGCGUACGGCCCGGCGUCAGAAUACCAAGGCUUCGCGGCGGCGUGGUCCCGGAGGGCGACGCGGGAGCGCGCGGGGCGCUUGAUGAAGCUCAGCAGGUACAUCUCGGACGCCCACGGCCAGCAGGCCGGCGCCGGCGGCUGGGAGAGUGGCCACAAGCUAGGCCACCGGUGAGUCGUGCGUGUGCAGGAGUUGCAUGAAGGGAGAAAUAGUAGUGAGCCGUGGGCGUGUGGGGGAGGUAUUUUGUAACACUCCAUGCGCGCGCGCUCAUGCAUGAUCACCCGGAUAACUUUACGUGUGUUUGGUUGGGGAGCGGAUCGGAAUGGAGCCGCUCCGCUCCCCUUUUCCGCGUGUUUGGUUGUAACCGAGUAGGAGCGGAGUGGCUCCAGGAGCCCAAAGAUACCAAUAUUUCUGUAAGAUGCGGAACGAGACCGCUCACCCAGAUCGACCGGACGCGAGCGCUCCCGUUCCUGCCGCCCGUCCGCCCCCCCUCCCCCGCGCCGGAUCCGGACGGCCCAGCCGAGGAUGCAGGCGCCCGCCGGAGGCCGCCCAGGCGCUCGCCCCGGAGGAUGCCCAGGCGCACUCCCCCUGCCCGCAGCCGGCCGGAAUCCAGAUUGAAUGGAAUGGUUCUCCAACCAA